AUUUGAUUGGUCAAAAUGAUUUGAUUGUAAACCAAUAGCUUUUCAGAUAACAUAACCUCAGAGCCAUCUAUAGAAACAAAAUGGCUUCUUAAUUGAAUCACACCUACACAAAAUCAACCAUAAGAACUUAGUGUCGCAAAUCUUCUUGAAAGAGCCCUACGCUACACAAACACUACUAUAAUUUAGCAAGCUGACACAUCCAUGGAUAACAGUAUUAUAAAAUUGAACUCAAAAGACCAUGGCAGCAAUGGACAAAUGAUGAAUGGCAAUUUUCAUGAUCAAAAUGAGGAUAAGAAUUACGAAAAUGACUUGCUUGCUGAUAUACAAUUGGAUUAUGAUAUUGGUACUGGGGAUUGUGGUGAUAUUAGUUGCAUGAAUGUUCAUGAUCUGAAGACUAAAGAUGAGGCUGAUGAUACUUUUGUGAUUGAUGAUGAAGAGGAUAUAAUAGAACUGCCCAAUGUAUUGAGCAAAGUGAACAAAGUGUGUGAAUUAACACAGGAACAACUGAUCCAUCUUGUGAAAGAGAACAAGAAAUAUCUACGCAACAUAUACCAGGGGAAGGUGUACAA